AUGAACAAAAUCGUGAUUCUUCUGAUCGCCAGUGUUGCAUCAGUUGCUGUAGCAGCGCCAUCUGGUCUUUUGUACGGCCACCAUGGAGUUGGUCUUGGUGGUCCCGUAUUAGGGCCAUCAGCACUUGCUGGACCUGUCGUUGGAUCUGCGGCACUUGCUGGACCCGCUGUUGGACCACAAAGAAUAUCCGGUGCUGUUGAUGGUGGUGCUGUGGUAACUGGAUCCGUUGCUGGACCAUCUGUCGUCUCUGGCAGCGUCGUCGGUGGCACUGCUGUCGUCGAACCUGGAUAUGGAUUCGCUGGCUAUGGAUUAGGACACGGUCUUGGUCUUGGUUAUGGAGCUGGACAUGGUCUUGGUCUUGGCUACGGAGUAGGACAUGGUUGGGGAUAUGGUGCUCAUGGAGCCGUACUUGCCGGUCCAGCAGUAGGACAUGCUGCCAUCUCUGGGCCCGUAUCUCUGCCAGCUGUAGUCGCUGGACCAUCUGGUAGCAUCGUUUCUGGAUACGGUCAUGGAUUGGGUCACUGGGGACAUUAA